AUCCAGUGCUUACUAGAACAUGCUGAAACUUAAGGGGAAGUCCUGUGUUUGUAAUUAUGUCCUUCCACGUUUUGGACGGAGCAGUGUAUGACAUCAUGACAGUUAAAAGUGAAGGGAGCUGGUGGGUAGGAAUGGAGGGCUGAGAGUAGUGCCAGCAGGGAUUGGAAAGGGCAGGGAGUAGCCAAGUCUGCAGCCGCUGGCAAGGCCCAGAUCAUGCUCCACUCAUGAGGGCAGGGGAGGAAUCAGUGGAAGUGUCAGACGCGUACUUCCAGGUCUCAUGUUGUUCUCCAGUCAUUAGUGUCCAAGGUUGUUGAGAUGUUAGGAGAACACCUGCCGUCAACACACUUACACUUGUAAUAAUGACAGCAGAGCCUCAGACUUCUGUCACACUCUAUAAUUUUCAAAGUGCCCUCGUAGACCUUGGCUCAUUUGAUGUCUUCCAGCUGCCAGCACAUGACAACCUGUUGGCCAGCAGACACUAGGUUAGUGGUUCCUAGGAGUCUGGCCUGGGCACCUGAUGCCAAGUCUGAGCUUUCCCUGCAUGCAGCUUGCCAGAGCCAGGCCAGAGGCAGGCCUCGGUUUUUGUGGAGUGCCAGAGGCUACAACUCUGGGCAGCACCCUGGCCUUGUGGUGGAACUCUGCAGCAUGUCCCCAGAGCCCUGAUGUCAGAAGAAAAGGGAAUGCUGAUUGAGUGUGUGAGUGAAUUCACCCCUUGUACAUGUGUGUGAGUGUGCCCACAUACACACACACCUAAGCAAAUUAUUCAGCAUUAAUUUUGCUAGAUGGUGCCUUCCGCUCAUCUUUUGUUCUCCCUCCUGACCCUGCCACCCUGUAUACCCAAGGACCAUUGUCAGAAAAAUUAUCCCAAACUUGGAAAUAGACCAGACAGAUUAUUUCAGUCCAGUGCUUGCACCUUUGAUUGACUAGCCCGUUUUACUAUUCUGUAGGAAUGGCAAUUAGCCUGUAGAUUUUUGUCUAUUAGGAUGUAAGGAAUUCCUGUCUGGGAAGAGCUAACCUCAAAGGUUAUGGUUUAUCGUCUUAUAGGAUGUGACCUAUUUGGUAUCUAAUCCAGCAAUCUUAUUCUUACCUUUUCCUAGUAAAUCACUUGAAAUAUCCAGCUCUUCAAGUGCAAAGAAUCAUUUUUCUCAGCUUACUGGUUGCCGCAUUAAUUGAUGAGUUGCAGUUGAAUAAACCCCGGAUAGGUGUUUAUUUUAUAUUUGCAUUAGGGUUAUGAUUUUACCUUUCUGAAUAUUAUAAAUUAAUACUCUUAUUCAUAAACACAUUUUCCUUUUAUUUCUUUUCAAGCUAUAUCCUAUGACAGUAUAGAGCUGGGUCGUCCAAUGUGGUAGCCACCAGCCUUAUGUAACUAAUGAGCACUUGAAAUGUAGCUGGUCUGAAUCGAGGUGUUGUAUGAGUAUAUGCCAGAUUUCAAAUACUUAGUAGAAAAAAAGAGUGUAAAAUAUCUCACUAAUAAUUUUUAUAAUGAUUACUUGUUAAAAUGAUGCUAAUUUGAACAUAUUAGAUUAAAUAUUACAUAUUCAAAAUCAAUUCACCUGUUUAUUCUUUUUAAAUGUAUCUCCUAGAAUAUUUGAAAUGACACUUGUGGCUUGCAUCACUUUUCUGUUUGAUGUCACCAGUGUGGAGCCUUAAGCCUUAACGUAUUACCUAUCCUGGGGUAUUUGUAGCUGAAGGAAUGGUUUUUAUCUUAAAGCUAAAAUGCAUCUUGAGUUGUAAUAUUUCUGAUGGAAGAGAGAAUUUGAGAGACAAAUCAAGCAAGUAAUAAGCCGUGUGCUCCUCAGGCUAGUCCUACUCAGCGUGUAAGUCAGAUGUGGAGUGAGAUUAUGGUGGGAUUCAGUGAGUGAGUAGCUCUCUCUUUUCCUUCUCUGCCGUCGUGGUGUGUGCUUUACUCCGUUUCUUGACAUGUCUUCUCACAAGACUUUCAGGAUUAAGCGAUUCCUGGCCAAGAAGCAAAAGCAAAAUCAUCCCAUUCCCCAGUGGAUUCGGAUGAAAACUGGUAAUAAAAUCAGGUACAACUCCAAAAGGAGACAUUGGAGAAGAACCAAGCUGGGUCUGUAAGAAAUUCCACAUGCGAUGGCACACAUAUUUAUGCUGUCUGAAGGUCACAAUCGUGUUACCAAAUCAAGCUGAAAAAUGUCACUGCUAUCUGGAGAAGUUUGAACAGUUUCCUCUCUGGAUCUGUUAUGAAGGUGUUAGUAUGACCUACAGUGCUUCCAUUACUCAUGUUAAAAAAAAAAAAGAAGAAGAAGGCUUUGGUUGCCUGGGUUCAGUAAUAAAUAUGUGAGACCUUUCAAUUCUGAAAAAAAAAAAUGAGUGAAUAUAUAGCAAGUGCUUAAAAUCAUGUUGUUGUCAUAGUUAUCUGGACUUUUGGGGUUUGUGUUUGCCUUUUGGGAGUUUUCAAGCUCAUGAAUCAAAACAUGGUUUUCCUCUUGCCCUUUUAGGGCAAUGUAACAAUGUAACAAUUCUUUCCUAGUGCUUCUGAGUCACACACCAUCCAACAGAAGUGGGGGUUAAGGCACAGAGAAGUGUCUUUGCUCUCCCAAAGCUGUCUAGAAUACUACUCAAAAACCCAGAAACCUAGGCAGCAGCCUGCUGUGCUGAUAUAGGUGCCAGUAACACCCUCACCAGUCAACCAGGCAACAUCUGACUAUUUCCAGAAUUUGAAGAUUUGUUCGUAAGCACAGGGGUACCAAGCUGAGUGGACCAAUGUGUGGAUGUUUGAACUGCUGCUUAUUAUUUAGGCCACCUAAAACGUCUGCAGAAGGAUCACACAAAGCUCUUUUAAAACUUGGAAAAUUUAACUGGAAAUCCUGUUAGCAUCUUGCUAUUGUGAGUUUUCAGCUCCCAGGUUUUCUGGCUCCCAAGAGUAAUAUUUGAUUCUGACUCGGAAUGUUGAACAAAACAAGCCAAUGGAUCCAGAACGUGGCAUCUGCCUUCCAUUUUUCAAAUUCAUAAGAGAAUCUCUCCCUCCUGUCACAUGAAUAGAGCAGCAGCUGCUGACUCAAGAGCACCGGGAAAAGGGUGAUUGUCUUUCACUUGGCAUAGACACCCCUGAGGACAAGACUACUGAGUUAAUAAUCGAUUUCACUCCCCUGCAGGCUCUUCCCUGCCCACAGCUCAUUCGUGAGGGCAGGAGGAAGGGCGGGCACUCUGGACUCAUUUACAGUCCCUGUUUUCUUGAAUAAUUCUGAGCUAGGAGGACAGAAGGCAGCAAACGGAGUCAGUGAGACAGCUGAAAUGACGCCUGAGUGUCGCUUCACUUAGACGUCAAAUAUCCUCCCUAAACGCCAGGCCGCUCUGUGUCUGUGGCUGCCCUGAAACCCUCCUCCCACCCUGCUCUGGCCUAGCCUGAAUGCUGACUCGGCCUGUGACCCGUGUUCUCUUUUCUU